AUCAAGAAAAAUUGAAUUGUUUAUGAUUGUUGUUGUUAUUUCUUUUGUUUGUUUUAUUGGUGCUUUGCCUUCAAAUAGAAACAAAAUUUACGGUAAUCUUUUAUUUUAGAAUGUAAGAAAACAUGCCACCUCCACCAAGACCUCGUGCUUCAAUUUCUGGACGUCCAAGUGCUCCUGCUCCAAUGAGCGAACGACAACAGAUGGCUUUGUUGAUGCAAAUGACAUCUUCCAGUGAAGCUGAAUUGAGCCCAAACAGUCAAAGUGGAAAACCAAAAGAUAGAAACGAACGUGGUGAAACUGGUUUGCAUAUUUGCGCCAAAAAAGGCGACCUUGAUGGAGCGAAGAAGCUGUUAGAGCAAGGAACAAAUCCAAAUGUGACAGAUUUUGCUGGCUGGACGCCACUUCAUGAAGCUGCCAAUCAUGGACAUUAUCAUGUAGCUCAACUUCUCUUAAAACACGGUGCUAAUGUCAAUGCAACUGGACUUGAUGACGUUACUCCAUUACAUGAUGCUGCCAGUAUCGGUAAUCAAAAACUCGUAAAGCUUCUUAUUGAUAAAGGAGCUGAUCCACUAUUUAAGAACAAAAAAGGAAAAACUGCCCAAGAUGUGGCUCAUCCAUCGUUAGCAAACUUCUUGAGAACAACAUUAGAAUUAAGCCCAAACAGUCAAAGUGGAAAGCCAAAAGAUAGAAACGAACGUGGUGAAACUGGGCUGCAUAUUUGCGCUAAAAAGGGCGACCUUGAUGGAGCAAAAAAAUUAUUGGAGCAAGGAAUCAAUCCAAAUGUGACAGAUUUUGCUGGCUGGACUCCACUUCAUGAAGCUGCCAAUCAUGGACAUUAUCAUGUAGCUCAACUUCUUCUCAAGAACGGUGCUAAUGCUAAUGCAACUGGACUUGAUGACGUUACUCCACUACAUGAUGCUGCCAGUAUCGGUAAUCAAAAACUCGUAAAGCUUCUAAUUGACAAAGGAGCUGAUCCACUAUUUAAGAACAAAAAAGGAAAAACUGCCCAAGAUGUGGCUCAUCCAUCGUUGGUUAAUUUAUUCCGAACAACUAUCGAAAUGGCGAACAAACGUGAUCUUCAACAUCAACAACAGAAUCAAAGCCAAAAGAAAUCAACAAAUACAGAAAAUAAAAAAUCAAAUGAAGCUGAAGAAGGAAGCAUAACUGGAGCUGGUACAUCAUCGACUGCACCUUCUGAUAUUUAUGAGUUUGUGUCAACUCCAAAACCAUCUUCAUGCAGUUCUGGAUCGGGCGAUGAGAAUCCCAGUAAAUCGUCAGAUAAAUCCUCAGAUGACAAAAGUGGAACUGAUAGUGACACACCAACGACAAAUCAGCAACAGAAAAGACCGAUAAAUGAACCUCAAGAACAGUCAGAUGAAAGUUCAUCGACUGCUGAUGAAGAUGCGAAACGAAAGAAACGAAAAGAUUCUGAACAGAAAGAUGGAAAUAAGACGACGAGUGGAAAAAAAGAUGAAGAUGGAAAGGAAGGUCCAAAGGUGCCGCCACUUAAGAUUGUGAUACCUCAACAAGCUCCUGGCACGACGCAAACAGAGACACAAGAAACUCAAAACAGCAAUCAACGAAACAGCAAACAACCGACGACGACAACAUCGCGUAGUCAUCCUUACGUCGUCACAUCAUCGAAUUCAAAUGAUGGAACUGGCAGUGACAAAGACGGUGCUGGUGGAACAACAACAAGAAGUCACAGUCCAUCAGCUGACUCCAAUAAGUCUGAUGAUGCAAGCAAAUCAAGUGUCGUCAACGUUGCAGCAGUCGUCCCAUCGUCAGUUGACAUGAAAGACUCGAAUUCGAAGGAUGGUCAAGAGAAGAGUGAACCAGUUCAUCCUCAUGAUCAGCCAUUUACGAAUUGUUAUCAAAUGUACAUCGAUUUAAGGAAGCAGAUUGAACAACGUCAUCGGAAUCUUCAUCCUGUUGAGCCGCGACCGUUGAAAGGUCUCGAAGAUUAUCUCAUGAAUCGUCGGACUUAUUUGUUGCAAGGAAAAACUUCAAUGGAGCCAAAUAUCAUCAUUCCACCUCUACUGCCAACACAAAUGAAAGAAACUUUCGUUGAGCAAGAGAAAGAGCGUCAUAAGUUGAAAUUGCGGCAUAUUGUUGAGAAAGAGAAGAUGGUGCUAUCGAAGGAACAGGAAAUCAUUCGUGUUCAUUGUAAAGCAGCUCAGAUGAUUGCAAAUCAAGCGCAGCCGUUUUCAGUUGCAACUAUUUUAAAAGACGAAGAAGUAUACAACAUUAUCACUCCUGAACAAGAAGAGAAAUAUCGAAAUAAAAACAGAGAACGUUCUCAUGGUCGUGUUUUCUAUCAAGCAUUGAAGGAGAUCGAUGACAAAUAUGAUAAAAUCAAAGAAGCGAUGAUCAUUCGACACACAAAUGAAGCUGAAAGUCUCAUGGCUGUUCAAAAGAUGGAUUGGGGAUGGAAAAUGAAGGAAUUUGCACUUUGCGAAUAUAAAACAAAUCCAGAAAUUGAAGAGCUUUUUGUGCCGAUGAUUGAUGUUUGUGAUGUAUGCGAUGAGUACAUGCCAAAUAAUGGAAACUACAGAAACAAUAAUAACAUGUAUCAAUCUCAAAAUCGCGGCUACCAACAGUACGAUUCACAACCUUCAUUCAAACGAGACCAAAGUAAAAAUGGAGAAACUCUUCGUCCUGUGAAUUAUGACAAUGUAACUCCAUUCCGUAAAGACUUCUACAAUCCCAGUGAAUCAGCACGUUCACGUACUCCAGAAGAAAUAAAAGCUUUGACUUCGAAAUAUGAAAUAAGUUUAGUAGGCCGUGACAGUUCCAAAUAUGCUCCGUUGGCUCUUUUCUCUGAAGCUGGAUUACCUGAUUAUAUCAUGAAUGAAAUAACAAGACAAGGUUUUGUUAAGCCAACUGGAAUUCAAGCUGUUGGAUUUCCUUGCAUUCUCUCCGGAAGAAAUCUCGUUGGAAUUGCUAAGACUGGAAGUGGAAAAACCUUAGCUUACAUCAUUCCAGCAUUGAUUCAUUUGAAACAUCAACAAGCAGUGAAACCAGGAGAAGGUCCUGUUGCUUUAGUUCUCGCACCAACCCGUGAACUUGCACAACAAAUUCAGAAAGUGGCCAAUGAUUUUGGUCUUGAAAGUCGCAUAAGCAACACUUGCAUUUUUGGCGGUGCACCAAAAGCAAAUCAAAUGCGAGACUUGGCAAAAGGUGUCGACAUUUGCAUUGCAACACCAGGAAGAUUAAUUGACUUCUUAGAGCGCGGUUUUACUGACUUGAAACGUUGCACGUAUUUAGUUCUUGACGAAGCUGAUCGAAUGUUGGACAUGGGAUUCGAACCACAAAUUCGAAAAAUUAUGUCACAAAUUCGCAGUGAUCGUCAAGUGUUGAUGUUCAGCGCAACAUGGCCUAAAGAAGUGAAAAAUCUCGCAGAGGAAUAUCUCAUUGACUACUUGCAGAUAAACAUUGGCUCGAUGAAUCUUUCAGCUAACCACAAUAUUGUUCAGAUUGUCGACGUGUGCGAAGAAACAGAAAAAGAUGAAAAGUUGAUGAAAAUUUUGAGUGAAAUUGCAAACGAAUGUGAUCGUAAAACAAUAAUUUUUGUGGAAACAAAACGUCGUGCUGACGAAAUUACUCGAACAAUCAAUCGUCGAGGCUUCAAUGCUGUCGCUAUUCAUGGCGAUAAAAGUCAAAAUGAACGCGAUUACACACUCAACUCGUUCCGCAGUGGACGAAUGAACGUUCAAAUUCUGGUCGCAACUGAUGUUGCAAGCCGUGGACUUGAUGUCGACGAUGUUAAAUUCGUAAUCAAUUAUGAUUACCCGAAUAAUAGCGAAGAUUAUGUACAUCGAAUUGGACGAACUGGAAGAUCUAACAACAAAGGACAACAAACUGGAACAGCUUACACGUUGUUCACAAACAAUAACUCAGCAAAAGCAAAUGACUUGAUUAAUGUGCUACGCGAAGCUAAUCAAAUCAUCAAUCCACGUUUGCUUGAGUUGAGCAAAGGAUCUUAUGGGAAGAAAGGAAACUAUAAGAAAAGUUUCGGUGGUGGCGGUGGCAUGAAAAACAUGAGAAACGAUAUGGGUGGCCAUCAAAUGCGUGGUGGUGGAAUGCAAGGAGCUGGAAUGAAACGUCGCUGGGAUAGUUCAAAUGGUCAAAGUGAUCAAGGACCAAACAAACGUCCUUAUCAACCAAAUUCCCAUUUCUCGAAUAGUGGAAAUUCCGGAGGUUUCCAACCAAAGCCUUAUCGCUCAAACAACUAUGAUCAAAAUAAGCCAGCCACUCAAUCUUAUUCUCAACCAGCUUCUUAUGGCAAAUUUCCAAGCUACACGCCCACUAUGCAAAUGCCCCCAGCUAUUGCUCAAUAUCCAGGAAUUGCAUCAGCAGUUGCUAACUUUACUUUUCCACCACCUCAAACUUCAAUCAUUCCUCCUUUACCCAAACAUUAAACAGCUUACCUCAUUAAUCUUAUGAUUUCAUUUCUAAUUUAGAAAUCUUUUAAAAAAUUUACACAAUUAUUUAACUUCAUGGCAUCAUACCCACCUAAUAUUCUUACCUCCAAUUAAUAUGAGAAAUUCUUUUAUUAAUUAUUCCUUUUUUUCUUCUCAUAUUAACUAAUCGGUCAUUAAACCAAUCGUAUAAGUAAUCAUAACUAAAAAUAAUUCAUUUAGAGCAUAAGAAUCAUAGAAACACAUUUGGAAGAAAUCAAAAUUAAAUGAAAAUAUCGACGGGAUCAUUUUUAGGUUCUGAUAUAAAACAGGAAGAAAUUAAUUAAAGCAUUUUCAAUAAAAUAAAAUGCUUCAUUUCUGUUCUGUGACUGUUGUGUGAUUGUCGUUCUUAUAAUAAUUAUCAAUGCACAUUCAAAUAUUUAUGUUUCUCACCGUAACAACACACAAAAAUUCUGUGAAAAUGAAUUAAAAAAAUUUGGAAAAUUCCGGGAAAGUGAAUUAAAACAGAAGAAUAAAGAUGAAUUUACAAAUAA